GGGAUCCUGACGUAUCCAAGCGGAUGAAACCGUGGGCCUUGAUGUCCCUACUGAGGCUGGCUGGCAAACAUUUCCACAGGCUGCAGGAAGAGGAAAGCACGACUUCCGAAGGGGAUCCUGACGUAUCCAAGCGGAUGAAACCGUGGGCCUUGAUGUCCCUACUGAGGCUGGCUGGCAAACAUUUCCACAGGCUGCAGGAAGAGGAAAGCACGACUUCCGAAGGUGAGCCGUGGCAGGUCAAGGUGCCAGGGACUGAGAAUCGGCGCCUCGAGACCAUCGCAACCAUCAAGGUCAAUGGCAGGUGCAAGGAGGAACUGGAUGAGGGUGUAGAUGCUGCAUGUGCAGCAGAAAAACUGGAGACAGGGCAUGAAGAGGCAUGUCCAGGAGACCUGGAUCUGCUGUCAUCCCCAGGCGGGGUUCAGCUCGGAGAGAUCAGGGGCAAGUACUGCUGUGGGGAGUGUGGUAAAGCCUUCCUGCAGCAAUGCCACCUCAAGAAGCACCGCUUUGUCCACGCUGGCCACAAGCCCUUCCUGUGCACGGGGUGUGGCAAGGGCUACGGUUCAGAGGAGAGCUUCCAGGCCCACGUGCUGGCCCACUGGGGUGUGCGGCCUUUCCAGUACAGCCAGUGAGACAAGGCUUACUGCACCUAGCGGGACCUGCGGGAGCACCAGGUCCUGCACACUGGGCAGUGCCCCUUCUGUGAGCAGCAUGGCAUGGCCUUUGCACGCCGACCCUCUCUCUGCAUUCACAGGAAGAUCCACCUGGCCGCUGGGACCGACCCAGCCGCUCCCAGGGGAUGCCAGUGUGCGCUAUGUGGAUGCCAGCUGGCCAACCCCGGCUCCUUGUGCAACCACACGCACCUCCUACACAUGGGGGAACGUCCUUAUGCCUGUCCCUACUGUGUCAAAGAAUUCCAACAACGGAGCAACCUGCGUGAGCACCUCUGGUGUCACAUGGGCGAGAAGCCCUACGAGUGCCGCUUCUGCGGCGACGCCUUCCCCAAGCGUCUGGAGCUACGGCGGCACCUCAGCUCCUGUGUAGACCUAGGUCUUUUCAGUAGCUGCCCCUCAGAGCUGGCAGCCUACACAUGCUGGGCCUGGUGCAGGGAAGGCACUGGCUAUUGA